AUGUGCCUCUCCUUCCUCUGUUGCUCUUUGCUCUGUGUAACUCUGCCCGUAGUAAAGACUUUGCAUCAAACUCUCUCCCAGCCUCUCUUUGUCCCUCCCUCCUCUGGUUUGGGGGGUGCUGGGAGGGUUGGGGGCGUUUCCCAAGAGGUUUUAGCUGGAAUGGAGGUGUGGCUGGGCAGGCAGCCAAGGGGAAGGGCAGGCAGGCAAAGGGCAGGGCAGGAAGCUGGCAGCCACCCUGUAGCUAGGAAGAGGGAAGCUGUGGUUGAUAACCCCAGUGCAGCCAUCCCACACUGCACCUGUGGGAGCAUGGAGACUGGAACUGUCUUCCCGCAGCUCCCUGGGAGUGAGGCCAAGAGAGCCCCUGAGGGCGAUGGUGGGAACGGAAGUGUGCAUGGUGAUGCUGUGAGGAACCCCUAUGCAGGGCUGGUGAGCCACCUGCGGGCAUCCUGGCUCUCUGGGAAGACGCGGCCCCUGGAAUACCGUGUGGCACAGCUGGAGGCUCUGGGACGCUUCCUGGAUGACAAGAAGCAGCAGAUCCUGGAGGCCACUGCCUCUGACUUGGGCAAGCCACCCUUUGAAGCCGAAUUAUCUGAGAUCCUCCUGUGCAAGAACGAGCUCCAUGAGACCCUGAACAACCUGUCCCACUGGAUGAAGGACGAGAAGGUGGACAGGACCCUGGUGAUGCAGCUGGACUCUGCCUUCAUCCGCAAGGACCCCUACGGGGUGGUGCUCAUCAUAGCACCCUGGAACUACCCCAUCCACCUCUUCCUGGUGCCCCUCAUUGGGGCCAUCGCUGCCGGGAACUGUGUCAUUGUCAAACCCUCUGAGGUGUCCAAGAAGACAGAAAGACUAGUGGCAGAAGCGCUGCCAUAUCUGGACAAGGACUGCUUUGCUGUGGUGACUGGCGGCGUGCCGGAGACCACCAGGCUGCUGGAGAACAAGUUUGACUACAUCUUCUUCACUGGCAGUCCCCCGGUGGGGCGGAUCGUGAUGAAAGCUGCUGCCAAGCACCUGACACCGGUGACGCUGGAGCUGGGGGGCAAGAACCCCUGCUAUGUGUCCGACACCUGUGACGUGACCAACGUGGCGCGGCGCGUGGUCUGGGGCCGCUUCUUCAACGCGGGCCAGACCUGCAUCGCGCCCGACUACCUGCUCUGCACCUUAGAGAUGCAGGAGAAGCUGCUCCCGGCCCUGCAAAAGGCCAUCACUGAUUUCUAUGGCCCCAACCCCCGGGAAUCCCCGGAUUUCGGCCGCAUUGUCAGUGACAGGCAGUUCCAGCGGGUGCAGAGGCUGCUGGGCAGCGGGCGCGUGGCCAUCGGGGGACAGACGGACGAGGCCGAGCGCUACAUCGCUCCCACCGUGCUGGUGGAUGUGCAGCCCUCGGAUCCCAUCAUGCAGGAGGAGAUCUUCGGGCCCAUCCUGCCCAUCGUCAUCAUUGCCAGCGUGGAUGAGGCCAUUGACUUCAUCAACAGCAGGGAGCGGCCCUUGGCUGUCUACGCCUUCUCCUCAGAUGACAAGGUGGUGAACCAGGUCCUGGCGCGGACGAGCAGUGGUGGCUUCUGUGCCAACGACACCCUGAUGCAUGUGACACUGCCCUCACUGCCCUUUGGAGGCAUUGGGCACAGCGGCCUGGGCACGCACCACGGGCGCUUCAGCUUCGACACCUUCUCCCACGCGCGGGGCUGCCUGAGGCGGGCGAUGGGCCGGGAGCCGCUCAACGCGCCGCGCUACCCCCCGUACAGCCGGGAAAACUUCGGGAUCGUCCGCGCCGCCUCCCGGGUGCCGCGCAAGGGCGGCUGCGCCCUGCUCUGAGCGCCGCAGCCCGCCCGCUGAGGCAGCUCCUGCUGCUGGUGCCGGUGCCCGGGCGCAAUGAAAGGUGUUCCUCCACGUCCUGUGUGAUUCCCUUCCACCUCCCUUUUGCACCCCAAAAGUCCCUUGCCCCCCACGUCUCUCUCCAUUCCGGUCCCACGUCCCUCUUUUCUGGCUGUUUGGGGCUUUAUUUCCACUGGUACCACCAGAGCAGUGGGAUCUCCUGUGCCCCCUCCUCCACACCCUGGAGAGGGUCCACCACAACUCCCUGAUCCCAAAUCCUUGAGCUGGGAUGAUCCCGGUUUCCUUUGCCCCAUCAUAUCAGCGUCCUUUGCCCCAAUGUUCCCAGUUUUUCCUGCUCCAUGAUCCCAAGUUUCCUUUGCCCCGUGAUGAUCUCAGAGUCCUUUGCUCCAUGUUCCCGUUCAUCCUGCCCCAUGAUCCCAGCUUCCUUCGCUCCAUGCUGCUCCAUUGUGGGGGCUGGCUGUGCCGGUAAAGGGACACCCGUUCCUGCUGGGAUGUGGGCUGCCCUGCCUGAAUCCCACGGGGAUCCCUCCGAGGGAGCUGAGAUAAAGACAGUUUACCAGGGAAGGGGAAACAUCCCUGAUGCCCGCCUCCAGGGACCGCGCCGGGCUGAGGGCUCGGGGCCAACGCUGAGCCCGCCACAGGCGGAGCCGGGCUUUGCAGUGAAUCCACGUGUCUGGGCCGCUCCAGCUCCGAGACCUUCCGGCACCUGUGGCCGGAGCAGCUCCAGAAACCGGACCGAAAGCUCGGGAGCCCUGGAAGAGCGGGAGGCGCCGCGCCGCCACCGUAAAGACGCGCCUCGUCCACGAGCACGCGCUUCCGCUUCCGCCCGCCCCGCGGACACGCCCCACCAAUCGCCGCGCAGCACGGCCGCGCUCCGACCAAUCAGCGACGCUUCUCUCUCUUUCUUCCCGCCCAUGCCGCCCUUUGCGGGACUCCCACCAAUGAGAAGCGCGUCCGCCGCCGCUCGCCCCGCCCACGACGCGCCGCCGCACGCGCGUGCGCAGUGCCCGCGGGGGCGACCAGGGGU